CUUCUCUCCAUCAGUACUCUCGCAUCAUUGGCCAUGUUGUGCUUGCAUAAGCCUCAGACACGAAGAAAGCACAUAGAGCUACCUAGUCACAAUCCUAUUCCACCGGAUCAAGGUCGUCGGUGUCCCUCACGAAGUCCUGACGCUCUGUUUGACCUCUGAAAGACGAGUCGCUGCCUGCUCAACCAUGUUCUAAUCGGUCCCUCAGGCUUACAAAGACUUGUGCCUCGCUCCAUUACCUGUCACCCAACUCAGAAUUUCCCCCGCCAAUAGCUCAGAUGGAAAGAAUGCGGCAAAGGGUGGAAGCAGCCACCGAGUUGAGGGAACGGAUAUCACGGCCAUCGCCAGGGUGCGGGGCUACAAGAUGGUUGACUGGAACUUUGCUACGGCCUUCUCCAUACCUACUCUCGAUGCUCAACUGUCGGUCAACCUAGGCUGUCCCUGCUUUAAAUUCGCGUCAUGUCCUAUGCUGGUGAGGUCUGCCUGAGAGGCACCUAACGCCCGUUUACCCCAUUGUUCGGUCAGAAGCCAGGUGUAUGUCUAAUAUUGAAGGACAAGCAUGGGAGAUCCUGUCGAGGUGGAACACAUCCCGAGGACUCAGAGGGAUAUUGAGGAUGAAAAGGAACAGAUCGAGAUCAAUACCUCCACGGGUGACAUCCAUCUAGCAACCUCGAACCUGCAAAAGUCCACAGGUGUUCUUUCAAAGACGCUCUCCAGGAUCCGGACGCCCGAUAUUGCGGAUCCAGGGCCACCACCAGAUGGAGGCUUCAAGGCCUGGUCUGUGGCCUUUGCCACGCAUCUAGUCAUCUUCAAUACCUGGGGCUUCAUCAACAGCUUUGGAGUAUUCCAGACUUACUACGUCGAGGUCAUGAGGAUAGGUGACCCGAGCUCGGUGGCCUGGAUUGGGACCACUCAGGUCUUUGUGCUGUUCGGGAUGGGGACCUUCACAGGGAGGGCUCUCGAUGCAGGUUUCUUCAACAUUCAGUACAUCUGUGGAAGUGUCAUCUACGUUGUAGGUCUUUUUUUGCUCAGUUUGUGCCGCGAAUACUGGCAAAUCUUUCUGGCACAAACGGUCUGCGUUGGAUUUGGAUAUGGACUGGCAUUUGUUCCAACCCUGGCACUGGCGAGCACUUACUUCGAGCACAAAAGGGCAACUGCAUUGGGAAUGGCCGUGACAGGUUCGGCAAUUGGCGGUCUCGUGUUCCCUGCCAUCGCCGAAAAGAUGUUGCCGACGGCUGGGUUUCCUUGGACUAUUCGCACCAUGGCAUUUGUGCAGCUCCUCCUCGCGGGCGUGGCGUUUAUGUUCCUGAAACCACGCUUGCCGCCUCGAAAAUCUGGGCCGGUGGUGGAAUGGUCGGCCUUAAGGGAAGCGCCAUAUACACUAUAUCUCAUGGCUUCAUUCCUUUACUUUUGGUCGGUCUACGUUGGGUUCUUCUUCAUUGGCACCUUUGGCAGGGAUGCCCUGGGGACCAGUCAAGCCACGAGCAUCAACCUGCUGAUGGUCUUGAACGGCGUGGGAGUGCCUUCUCGGGUGGUUCCGGCAUAUAUCGCUCAGAGAUGGGUCGGUCCGUUGAACUUGAUGAUCCCCAUGGUCGGUGUGGCUGGCAUAAUUCUCUACUGUUGGAUUGCAGUGGACUCAGUGACUGGACUAUGGAUUUUCGCCGUGGUAUAUGGUGUCGUCGCCGCCGGGAUUCAGGCUUUGUUUCCUGUGGUGCUUACCAGCUUGACAAGAGACCCGAAAAAGGCGGGUGUUCGCACGGGCAUGGGCUUUAGUAUCGCGGGCCUCGCAGUCUUGACAGGAUCCCCAAUUGCGGGAGCGCUGAUACAAAGCGAUGGAGGGAAGUUCAUUGGGCUACAAGUGUUCGCAGCAACAAGCAUGAUGUCGGCGGCAAUGGUACUGCUGUGUGUAAGAUGGGUCACUGUAGGAUGGAAGCGAGUAAGGGUGUGAGAAUGGUCCCCUGCAUUCCUCCCGAUGGCCGCUGGCUUAGCAGUCAGGGAGUGGUAGUGGCUUCCUCGCCCGUAUCUCAUCUACAGACCUGGAAUCCUAGAUCUUGUGGGUCAUUCUGGGACGAUGCUCGAGAUAUCGACCACCGGAUCAGCCCCUCGGAUGCUUGUGGCGGUUGUGUCUGUUCAGGGAGCGCCAGCCUUGUAUCGCCACGACACAGCGUGGGGAGUGAUGCUGAUUGGUGGGAUGAGGCUGGUGGCUCCAGUGACAACUCAGCG